GCAAACACCUGCCGAUCACUGGUCGCCUAUUUGGGCGCCUCCCAGAAGUUUGAUGUCCAGCACCUGUUAGAUAACUAUAGUUAUGUAGAAAAGGCCCGAAUAUUCUACACGACUGGCUAUCAUUUGGCUGUCAGUCCCGAGUCCAUCAUGAAUUUGGCUCAACACGCGCACAGUAACCCGGAUAAGCUGUUUACGAUGAACCUGUCGGCGCCGUAUAUCAGUCAAGCCUUUUCCAAACCGCUUCUGGAGGUCUAUCCGUUUGUGGAUAUUCUGUUCGGUAAUGAGACGGAAGCCGACGCUUUUGCGGAGUUAAACGGAUGGCAGACAAAGGACAGGAAAUCAAUCGCCAAAUUGGCGGCUGAUAUGGAGUGUCGGCGAAAGUCGGGCCGAACUGUUGUCAUAACUCAGGGAAAGGACGCC